UGCUGAACUUACAUCAUAUCCAAACUUGAAGUGACUUUAAGGAACUUUGCUGUAAGAUGACCUCUAAAGUUUCUUCGUAGAUAAUGGAGCCAAUGACCUGCAGACUGCAGACGUACAGUCACAGCCUGUCCCACUGUCUCCCUCUAUUAUUGAUCUUCCCACACUGGGAGAUGGCGAGUGUUACCAUGUCUUCAUUAGCUACAGCAGCACCGACUACCAGUGGACCCACUCCCUCAUCCACCAGCUGGAGUCCUUCGGCUUGCAGGUCUGCUACCAUGAGCGUGACUUCACUCCCGGCCGCACCGUGUUGGAAAACAUGUCCGACUGCAUCCAGGAGAGCCAGAAAGUCCUGCUGGUUCUCAGCCCAGAGUUUGUGAGGAGCCGCUGGUGUCUCCUGGAGGCCAACAUGUCUUUGUUCAGAGACUGCCUGCAGAGGAAACCCAUCGUCCCAGUGCUGCUGGAGCCAGGAGUCUCUGUUCCUCUCCACCUCUGCCACCUCACCUACCUGGAGGCCAACGACCCGGACUUCAAGAAUAAGCUGCUCAAGGUGCUCUGCAUCCCCAACCAGCAGCUUCAAGGGUCCACUGUGGUGCCCUUCCAGCCUCCUUCUAUCUACAAUGGGAAGGCCCUGCAGUCUUUGAUUGCUGUCAAUGAUGAUGAACUCAAUGAAUGGGAUUGUGGUCAGUUCAGUGACAUGGAGGUGCCAGACCAACUGCGCCUGAUCAUUAAGGAUCAUGAGAAGUACAGAAAGGCUGUGAGGAUGAUCAAUGAUGUCUCUCAAAGUAAAGUGUGGUUUCGCCCACUCUGGGUUAGGGUACUGAUCUACCUUACAGGCAUAAUAUGUUUUUUAAUCAUGACAGCAUUUUCCACAGGUUUGACAAUCAUAUUUUGUAGUAGCCAAAGGUUUUACGCAUACCCUUUAGGAGUAUGGGUGCUCACUAUUUCUGGUUUCUGCUGUGUUCCAUUGGGGUUGUUUAUUCAGAUUUGUCUCUGGAAGUGGGGAGAUGUGAAGUACAUUGUGAGGGAAAUGCAGAAAGCUAUAUGCAAA